GCAGCCGGUUCCCAUAACGUCAAACAACAACAUGGCGGAGGCUGCGCAGAGUCCCGGUGCUGAGGAGGUUUUAACGGAGAACCGGGAGAGUUCAGCGGCGGGGAAAGACAGCGGGACACCGGGAGCUGCUGCCCGGGACAAACCCGUGUGUCUGAUCGUGCUGGGGAUGGCGGGGAGCGGGAAAACCACCUUUGUGCAGAGGCUGACGGCUCACCUUCACGCUCUUAAAGCUCCUCCCUAUGUGAUCAACCUGGACCCUGCCGUCCACGAAGUCCCCUUCCCUGCAAACAUCGACAUCAGGGACACGGUGAACUACAAGGAGGUGAUGAAGCAGUACGGCCUCGGGCCAAACGGGGGCAUCGUGACGUCACUCAACCUGUUCGCCACGCGCUUUGAUCAGGUGAUGCAGUUCAUAGAGAAGAAGCAGCAGAAUCACCGGUACGUGCUGAUUGACACGCCGGGUCAGAUUGAAGUCUUCACCUGGUCUGCAUCUGGAACCAUCAUCACAGAGGCUCUGGCGUCAUCCUUCCCGUGUGUUGUGAUCUACGUGAUGGACACGUCCCGCAGCGUCAGCCCCGUCACAUUCAUGUCCAACAUGCUGUACGCCUGCAGUAUUCUCUACAAGACCAGGCUGCCCUUCAUCCUCGUCAUGAACAAGACGGACAUCAUCGACCACAGCUUCGCAGUGGAGUGGAUGCAGGACUUUGAGGUUUUCCAUGAUGCUCUGAACCAGGAAACGUCGUAUGUGAGCAACCUGACGCGCUCCAUGAGCCUGGUGCUGGACGAGUUCUACGUCAACCUGAGGGUGGUGGGCGUGUCUGCAGUGACGGGGAGCGGAUUGGACGAGCUGUUCGUUCAGGUGGAGGAUGCUGCUGAUGAGUAUGACAGGGACUACCGGCCCGAAUAUGAACGACUCCGCAAACAGCUGUCGGAAGCUCAGACCAAGAAGCAGCAGGAGCAGCUGGAGCGCCUCAGGAAGGACAUGGGAGCUGUCGACAUGGCGAGCACGCCUUCUACAGAGGAAGCGAACAUAGCCGGGCCCAGUGAUCUAAUCAUGACACGUGGUAACCCUGACGAGGAAGAGGAGGAGGAGGAGGACAGUGACACGGACGACAUCGACCACGACGCCACGGAGGAGAGCAAGGAGAGUGACGCCUUUGGAAACUUCCUGACAGAGAGGAAGGAAGUGGUUCAGGUCCGAAACAAAAAGUGCGCGAUACCUGAGGGACCCUGACCUCUGACCUCUGCAACCUGACACCAGACUCUGCCAGGAAGUAAAGACGGAGACAGACGGCCGGUGAGGGAAGAGGUUUCCCUCUGCGGGAUGCAGACUAUCGACUGGAACAGAUCCUGUGGACGUGCAGCAGAUUCUUCCAUCGGUGAUGGAUUUGAAAUCUGAAACUCUGAUCAGGUGACCUCUGACCCUGUGACCUCGCACCUUUGGUAAAGCUGAUUGGCUGCUUCUCCGUGUCGCUGCUUCCCUAAAAAAGCAAAAAAGUUAUAUUUUUAUAUCAGAAAAGACUUCUCUGUUCUGUUUGUGUUGUUGUUUCUCAUUACUGUUGACUUCUGCAAAAGUCAAAAAGAUCUGCAAAAUAAAAGUGAGCUUUUAGUUCAAAAGUGGAUUUAACUAA